AUGCACCAAUCUUACCUGUCCCUCCUGGGCAUGGCGGCCUUCACCAACGCCCUCGGCCCCGAUGUUCUCAAUAUGCUCGGUGGCCUGCCUGUAGGCAACAAGCACUCGGGAGUCGCAACCCAACAAGCGGCGGCCCUCACCACAGCAGCAGCCAAGCUUCCAGUCACCGCCGUAGCGCACGACCUCGACCACGUCGAGGAGAAGACAGAGGUCGUCGAAGACUUCACUCGUAUCUAUAUCUCCAGCGGAACCGAAGUCGUUGAGAUGGCGACAACGACUCUGUACUACCCACUCAACCUCUGUGACGCGGGUACGCCCAGUCCUACCGCAUUGCCGACUGGUGCGCUGCCAGCCGACAACCUGCCAGCCGACAACCUUCCAGUGGACACGAUGCCAACCCACAAUCUUCCAGUGCUCGGCGGCCUUGGUGGUGGUCUCCCAAUUAAGAGAGACAGCUCGAGCGCUACUGGUGCCAGCGGUGGUUUCGAGCACCACGAGUGGGCACCCAUGGAAGAGGAGUUCCCACAAGAAGCAUUCCCAGAGGAGAGGACCGCGACUUCUUCCAUCAUUGAGCUCCGAACAACGACUUCUGCACUCGUCAUUGCUACUCCAGCAGUCCCAGCAGUCCCAGCAGUUCCUGCACCAGCACCGGCUAGCCCUCUCGGUAACCUUCCAGUGCUCGGCGGCCUUGGCGGUGGUCUCCCAAUCAAGCGAGACAGCUCGAGCGCUACUGGCGCCGGUAGCUCAGAGAACGAGUGGGAUGAGGACGAGGACAGCCACAGCGCUACUGGCGCCAGCGGGGGUUCAGAGCACCACGAGUGGGCGCCUAUGGAGGAGGAGGAGCCACACUUCUUCGCACAGACCUCAACAGCUGUCGCCCUGAGCCCAACAUUCUCAACCCAACUUGUCCUUCCCACGCCAGCCGUACCUGCAGUUGGUGCACCAGCACCAGCCAGCCCUCUCGGAAACCUUCCAGUCCUUGGUGGUCUUGGUGGUGGCCUCCCAAUCAAGCGCACCAGCCCAGAGCACGAAGACUCCAAACUCCCUGAGGCCGCCACCACUUUCGUGACCGCUGUCCGCAGCUCUGUCACCACCUCUGCUAUCGCCCUCAACACCCCGGCCCCAGCCAACCCUCUCGGCUCUCUCCCAGUCCUCGGUGGCCUGACUGGUGGUCUUGGUGGCUUGAAGGCCCGUCAGGCUCCAGACGCCGCUGCGAUCCAAUCUCUUGCUCAGCAAGCAUCCCAAGCCGCCGUCCAGGCUGCUGUUGCUUCUGCUGUUUCAGCCUCUGCACAAGCCGCUCUCGCUUCGGCUACACGUGCCGCCGCUGGCGCUAUCGCUUCUGCUACGCAGAGGGCCGCUGCUGAGACUAAGGCUGCUAGCCCUGUUCAGGGUCUGCCAGUUAUUGGAGGUCUGUCGGGCGGACUUGGUGGUAUCUAG